AUGUCGAAUGGUGGAGAACAUGUGCGAAGAUUUGCAAAUCUUGGAGAAGAACUCGAAGGAAUUGAUGUUGUUCAUGGAGAGGAGAGGGAUGAGGCGUUGUUGGGCUCCACUACUGGGCGUGCAUCUGAGGCACGUGAGGAGGAGGUUUGGGCGCCCUUUUUGAGGAGCUUGGACGGGCAGGAGGCCAUGGGAAGGUUGGGCAAGUUGGGCUGUAUAGAGGGACGUGUAAAGGAGAGGGAGAUGGACUCAACUAAUAUGGAGGUGUUGGGCGAGCAACCUGCUUACACAAAGGAGGCGGUAGCUAGACGCCCCAUGCUGAGCGCCAAUCUGGUCAGCUUAGGAGAGUUGGAGACACCAGAGUAUGGUGUCGUAGGUGCGGGCUACUGCGCUGCACAAGAGGGACUACUAUGCUAG